AUGGUAGAACGGACAGACUUCGAGCGUGCCACCAUUCAGGACAUCUUCUCCAAGAUUGACUAUGAUGUUGUGGGCCCCACAGGUCUUUCCAGGUGUUUGGUUGUCUACCUCUGGACUCAGAGGUAUUUUGGUAACUUUUGAAACCUGUACAACACCAAUGCUAUCACUUCAAACCCCAUGGUUGCAGCUCACUGGAAAGUGUUCCUGCAUGGCAUGGACUGGGCUGUGAAGAACAUGGACAACAUCAAGGAAACCUAUUCGGAACUGAGCGUGCCGCACUACGAGAAGCUGCACGUGGACCUUGGCAAUUUCAAGGGCCUGCGUUUUAACCGUACUUUGACCAUACUCUCACUGUCCAACAAUCAUAUCAGAGCUGCAGGAGCGGCCCAUCUGGCUGCGACACUGGGGGAGUUUGCUCUAACUCAUGAAGAAGUUGUGGAGCGGAGGAAGCUGCUAUGGGAGAGAAGGCAGUCAUCUCUGCAGUCGUCUUUUGUGGUGGAUUCCAACAGAUCACCUGCAGAUCAACUCCCCUCAGUACUCAGCAGCCCUUCACUGAGCAGCAGCAAGGCCAAAAAGAAGGAAGCAGACAAAAAAGGCGAGAAACCAGCGGCUAAUAAGGACAACUAAAAGCCUAGCAAAAAACAUAACUACUUCUAUUAUACUGAAUAUAAACGCUUGUUCUUAAA